UGUCUGAGCGGUAUCUGUAUGAAUGUUGGUUGUAUUAAAGGUGACUGUUUUAGAAGUGUCUGUAUGAAUAGUGAUGGUAUUAGAGGUGACUGUUUGAGCAGUGUUUGUAUGAAUAGUAGUUGUAUUAGAGGUGACUGUUUAAGUAGUGUCUGUAUGAAUAGUGAUGGUAUUAGAGGUUUCUGUUUGAGUGGUGUCUGUAUGAAUAGUGAUGGUAUUAGAGGUGACUGUUUGAGCAGUGUCUGUAUGAAUAGUGAUGGUAUUAGAGGUUUCUGUUUGAGUGGUGUCUGUAUGAAUAGUGAUGGUAUUAGAGGUGACUGUUUGAGCAGUGUCUGUAUGAAUAGUGAUGGUAUUAGAGGUGACUGUUUGAGCAGUGUCUGUAUGAAUAGUGGUUGUAUUAAAGGUGACUGUUUGAGCAGUGUCUGUAUGAAUAGUUACUGUUUGAGCAGUGUCUGUAUGAAUAGUGAUGGUAUUAGAGGUGACUGUUUGAGCAGUGUCUGUAUGAAUAGUGAUGGUAUUAGAGGUGACUGUUUGAGCAGUGUUUGUAUGAAUAGUAGUUGUAUUAGAGGUGACUGUUUAAGUAGUGUCUGUAUGAAUAGUGAUGGUAUUAGAGGUGACUGUUUGAGCAGUGUCUGUAUGAAUAGGGAUGGUAUUAGAGGUGACUGUUUGAGCAGUGUCUGUAUGAGUAGUGAUGGUAUUAGAGGUGACUGUGUCUGUAUGUAA